UGACUUACUUUUCUCGUGGCGAUUAUCUAUAUACGUUCUAGUGCUUUUUACUAGGGUUUGCUUUAAAGACUGUAGUACCUGUUCAAAAUGGACGCAUUAAAAGUUUUAAUUUUUUCGGCGAUAGUUCUGAUCGCGGGUGCAAACGUUCUGCCGCAUGCUACUCACUGUGAGUACAACAACAAAAUCUACCAGGCGGGUGAGCACAUAAGCAAGAACCCGUGCAUGCCGUGCACGUGCACGCCCUCGGGCAACGUCGCCUGCGCCAUAAUAGACUGUGCACCUGUCAUGUGUGUGGACGCUGAACAUCAUAAAGACCAGUGCUGUCAUGUCUGCCCAAACGGACCAAACUGUAAAGUGGGUGACACGAUCAUCCCUGCCAACAAGGACUACCAGGUUGAUGCCCACACCACGUGCAGGUGUUCCAUGGACUUCUCGCAUAUGUUUGGACCAAACGCGCAUAAAGCGAUAUGUACGAAACGUAUCACGUAAUUCAGACAGAUGAACUACAUUGUAACAAUUAAAACGAAAUUUGUAAAA